AUGGCCUGGCCUGCCGCACGGCUCAGCCGCAGCUUCACGCGCAUCUUCGGAGGCUGGAAGAUUCUACACCGAAGCAAUGUAGCUCUGAGCGAGAACCGGCUCUCGCAGCUGCUGGAGGCAGAGAUCACCACCAUGGCCAUGCAAGAGGCGCGCAGCAUGUCCUUGCAAGACGUCAUGGAUCUGGGCAAACAGCCCGCGGCCUUGGCGGAGCUGCUCAACGAGGAACUGCCCGUGCGGUAUGCACGGCGCAUCUCCAUGCUGGAAGCCCUGCCGGAGUGGCAAACGAAGGAGAGCAUCAGGCAUGUCCGGGAGAUGUAUGUCAAGUCAUUCAAGGAGCUUCGGAUGGUUGAUCACCUGAGCGAGUUUGAACUCAGGCUAUGCCUUGCAAAGAUCAAGCGCCGCCAUUGCCGAACCAACCUGCUGGUGCAAGGCUUCAAGGAGUACCUGCACCAGAAAGACCUCUCGGAGCAGCAGAUCAACGACUGGCUCGACGAGUUCUUCAAGCUGCGCAUCUCCACUAAUCUGCUGAUUUCACAGUUCCUGGAGAUGGCAGAGGAUGAGUCCUUGGGAAGCGAGGCCGAAGCAGCUGCGAAGCUGGAUUCAUACCAGAGCUUCAUCAGCACUCAAUGCGACCCACUGAAGAUUGCACAGCAUGCUGCAGAUGUGAUCCAGAAACUCUGUGAACAAUGGUACGGACGCGCUCCAAAGAUCAUUGUCACGGAUGCAGGGGCUGUGCCCUUCACCUUCGUGCCACGGUACAUGUUCUACAUCCUCUCCGAGCUGCUGAAGAACUCCGUGCGGGCCACCGUGGAACAUUCCAGCGACUCCAUGGGGCCGGUGACCUUAGUGGUGUGUACAGGAAAGGGCAUCACCAGCGUGCGCGUAUCCGACGAAGGAGGUGGCAUCCCCACCGACUCCUUGACGCACGUAUGGUCCUAUCUCUACACCACAGCGCAGCCCAUGGACAUUCCAGUCACCAGGGAGGGCGUGGACGCACCCACGGAGCUCCAACGGUUGGAGAUGUCCAUCGAGCCCAGAACCAGCCUCUCGCUCAUCGAUGAGACCUCUGAGGAACAUCGGAUCCUUUUGAGGUCGCCCUUGGCGGGUCUGGGCUGUGGCUUGCCCUUGAGCAAGUUGUAUGCCGAAUACCUGGGUGGUCGGAUGAAGCUCCAGACCAUGCCGAGGUAUGGCACAGAUGUGUUCGUCUAUUUGAACAGCGUUGGAAACAGUUCCGAAGUGCUGAACACGCUCUGA